UGGUUUCUCACUAGGGUUGGCUUCAGUUUCACCGCACCCAAUUGCGCGAAGUUGAUUCAAAUCGAGUAUGACGACGGUGGUCAAUGGUUCUGUGAUUCCGGCGAAUCGGAGGAGGGGAGCCAUGGAAGAUGAUAAGCUCACCUUCGAGACCUCAGACGGCGUGGAGCCCAUAACCACCUUCGAACAGAUGGGCGUCAAAGACGACGUCUUGCGCGGGAUUUACGAGUACGGAUUCGAGAAGCCCUCUGCAAUCCAGCAGCGGGCCGUUCUUCCCAUCCUAUCUGGGCGUGACGUCAUAGCUCAGGCUCAGUCUGGUACUGGCAAGACCUCCAUGAUUGCCCUCACCGUCUGUCAAAUGGUCGACACCAGAUCAUCAGAGGUUCAAGCAUUGAUAUUGUCUCCUACAAGGGAGCUCGCAGUACAAACAGAAAAGGUGAUAUUGGCAAUUGGCGAUCACAUAAAUAUUCAGGUACAUGCAUGUGUUGGAGGCAAAAGUGUAGGUGAGGAUAUCAGAAAACUAGAGCAUGGUGUUCAUGUUGUUUCUGGAACUCCUGGAAGAGUAUGUGAUAUGAUCAAGAGGAAAACAUUACGUACGAGAGCUAUAAAACUACUGAUUUUGGAUGAAUCUGAUGAAAUGUUGAGCCGUGGUUUCAAGGAACAGAUUUAUGACGUUUAUAGAUAUCUUCCACCAGAACUUCAGGUUGUAUUGAUUUCUGCCACACUUCCAAAUGAGAUUCUUGAGAUAACAAGCAAGUUUAUGACAGAUCCUAUUCGGAUCCUUGUAAAACGUGAUGAGUUGACCCUAGAGGGCAUCAAACAGUUUUUUGUUGCUGUUGAGAAGGAAGAUUGGAAAUUUGAUACACUGACUGAUCUUUAUGAUACCCUGACCAUCACUCAAGCUGUAAUCUUUUGCAACACAAAACGUAAGGUGGAUUGGCUCACUAGCAAGAUGCGUGAAAGUAACUUUACAGUGUCGUCCAUGCAUGGGGAUAUGCCUCAAAGAGAGCGAGAUGCAAUAAUGGAGGAGUUUCGGUCUGGCACAACUAGAGUCCUCAUUACAACAGAUGUUUGGGCUAGAGGUUUGGAUGUUCAACAGGUUUCGUUGGUUAUUAACUAUGACCUUCCAAACAACAGAGAGCUCUAUAUUCACCGCAUUGGUCGUUCUGGUCGUUUUGGGCGGAAGGGUGUUGCCAUAAACUUUGUAAAAACUGAUGAUAUCAAGAUUCUGAGAGACAUGGAACAAUACUACAGUACGCAGAUUGAUGAAAUGCCAAUGAAUGUGGCUGAUUUGAUAUGAUUGAUUCAUCGUGUUUGGCACUUCUACUUGUACUGCUUGGGUGUUAGGUUGUGGCACCGGGCGUGGCGUUUUGCCUGUUGUUUUAUUCACUUUAACCAAAGUUUCUGGCUGUUGGGUUUGGAUGCGAUUGUGGUCUGGUUUUUUUGCUUAGCAAACUUGUUUUUUUUAGGAAAUGUAUGUAUACUAAUUAAGGUUUUUAUUUAUGGCUAGUGUGUGAGUGUAUGUGCCUUGCUGCUCAUUCAUGAACCAAUGGUAUGUUUUUUGUCAAAGAUUGAAUUGAAUUUCAUGAUUGUGUGUUUCACUUCUACUUUGGCAUUGUUUGAGAAAGUGUUUUUUAUUAAUGUUAGUGUUUUAGAUAAAGUUUUAAUAAUGUAAAUUAAUUGUG